AAAAAAAGGACCUCAGAACUUCUGGCACGACCAGUCUGGUCUCCAUCCCUAACAGCAUCAAGCUGACGAUGCUUAACAGUGGCCUCAUUUCUUUUGACCGGGUCACGUUUAAACCAGAGACCGACGAGAACGGUUCGAUAUCGGAAACGAUCCCCGACCGGCCUGUCGAACUUAAGAACUUCCCGAAACUGUGCGAGCAGCGACGAAAGUUCCCCGUGCUCUACAAACUGGAGUUUCAGACGGCAGUAAAGGUGGAGACACACGCGUGUCGGCACGCGACCAAGAAGACCAAUCUUCACAAAAACCAGAACCAGAAAGUUAUACCUUAUGACUACAACAGAGUGGUGCUAGAAACGAUAGACCGGGAGCCUGACUCCGAUUAUAUUAAUGCUUCCUAUAUAGAUAGUAUAUUAAAGCCAAACGCGUACAUCGUGACGCAGGGGCCAACAGAGGACACUGUGGUGGACUUCUGGCGGAUGAUUUGGCAGCAGCGCGCCGCAGCCAUUGUCAUGCUUACAAAGACCUUCGACUUUAUUAAGGUGAUGUGCGUCCAGUACUGGCCUCCGAACAAGGAGAAAGAUGAGACCUACGGCGAGAUCAGUGUGGGCAUUGUGCAAGAGGAGGAGCUAGCCAACUUCCACAUACGCACCUUCCGUCUUUACAAGACAGAGAAAAACGUGGUGAUAGAAGAGCGGUUCCUUCUCCAGUUCCACUAUACGCAAUGGCAUUCUCAUACGUGCCCAUUCAGCAACGCUCUUCUGGAGUUUCGAAGGAGAGUCAGGGCUGUUGUCGGCAGACGCCUUGCAACUAAUCCAGCUGCUGGGCCGAUGGUCGUGCAUUGCAAUGACGGAGGUGGUCGUUCAGGAGUUUAUUUAUCAAUCGAUGCCAAUCUAGAGCUGGCUGAGGAAGAAGACUGCUUCGAUGUUUUCGGUUACCUCAAGAAACUCCGACAAUCCAGAAAAGGCCUUAUAGAAAACGAAGAACAAUACAAAUUCGUGUAUGACACGUUAGAGGAACACGUAGUCUGCGGAGUAUCCUGGUUCCCCGUCUCCGAACUUUCUCAAAGACUGAAGCAGAAGUCCCAAAGGGAUCCCGUGACCAAGCUUAAUGAGUAUCAAAAGGAAUAUCAACAGAUUUGCAAGCAAACCCCACGAUUCACCAUAGGAGAUUGCGCUGGCGGCCAUAGAGGUGACAAUAGGGAAAAAAAUCGUGACGUGCUGGUAGUGCCACCUGAUAACUUUCGUCCAUACUUGACGUCUUUCCAAGGGAACAGUUUUACAGACUACAUAAAUGCUGUGUUCGUAGAUGGUUAUACAAAGCCCAGAGAGUACAUCGUUACGGAAUGGCCGUUAAUAAAGACACAAGGAGAAUUCUGGUCGUUGGUGUACGACUAUGAAUGCGCUGCUGUAGUUGUCCUAUGUGUUCCUCCUAAAAACUCCCAACAAUUUCCGCCAUUCUGGCCUGAGGGUCGACACUCGAAGAAAUAUGGACCAGUGUUCACGAUAGAUCACGUGUCUCACAAUCAUUAUACAAAUAUUAAGACUUGGAUAUUCAGAAUCAACAAGAAGAUUGUAUCGCUUACGGAGCUGAUGGCCGGCGUGAAAGCACCACCAAAGACAGUACAACUGUUCCAACUGACUUGCUGGCCUAUGGGCCACAAAGUGCCCUCGUCUACCAACUCGCUAGUCGAGCUAAUGAAUAUGGUCGAGAGGUGGCGGCAGCGCACUGACUACGGACCUGUCUGCGUUGUAUCGCCGGAUGGUCGGAGUCGUGCAGGAGUGUACUGUGCAGCGAAUGCUUGCAUUGAGCAAGUGAUUCAGCAUGGUGAAGUGGACGUCUUCCAGGCUGUCAAGACAGUGCGGCGCCACCGACCGCAGCUAGUUGAGAACAUGACUGAAUACAAAUAUUGCUACGAUCUCGUGCUGCACUACGUUCUGCACUACUUAAACAAGGACAUGAACGAAAAGAAGUGAGAGUGCGAACUCAAGGACGAGCUCUGGUUCAUCGAAUUCGGGCGAGGCGCAGCGCUACC